ACGCUCGAGAUUUCGGUGACAUCGGCGUUUCUACGCAUCGGACAACGCACCAAUACCGACAAUAAUAUAUACGGGCCGGGGGACGUCGCUCGAGAUCUCUGUACACUUACUGUUCCGCUCCUAAUCUAUUAAAAUGACCUUUGUCGGGUAGUUCACGUCGUUAAUCGGUGGUAAUCUUUCGCUUCGGAAACACACACGACUUCGAUCUGCUCUUUGCGUGUUAUUCAGUGCGGCAAACAAAUCUAUUUUAAGUUUUCAUAAGGUUUAUAAAUGUUUUUGUUAAGUUUUUGUAAAUUUUCGCGGGUUUUGUGACGUUUGUGGGUAGUUUUAAUGUUUGGUUAGGUUUGUUACAAGUUAGGUUAGUUUGGUGCGUUGGUUUAGUGAACAAAUGUCAACAUCAUGUUGAAUUUAAAAACAUUUACCCUGCUUUUAGCAGGGUUGGCUUAUUCUAGUGCUAUAUCUAAUUUUAAUUGUGCGCGUUAUUGCAAAGAAACAACCGGAAGUUUUGGUUAUGAAGUGGGUAAAACCUACAAAUAUCAAUAUUCCGGAAAUGCCCGAAGUUUGGUUAACACCACAUCACAACAUGUCGUCGACCAAAGCGGCGUCAGCAUCAAUGGCGUCGUUGCAUUCCAAUCGCUAUCAAACUGCGAUUAUAUUAUGGAGAUACUUGAAGUGACAAUAACUGAUUAUCAUAUAAAGUCGUCAACAAAAACAACAUCCCAAGUUGAUAAAUUUCAAACAAUCGAAGAUCAACUCAAAGCAAAUCCAUUGUAUUUCGCUUUCAAUGGUAAAAUAGACACAAUAUGCCCGGAUAAAAGUGAAUCCAAAGAGAUAAUCGACAUUAAACGAGGAAUUCUAAGCGUUUUCCAAAAUAAUAAUCCAUUAUUCAAAGAAAAUGCCUUGGUUUACGAAACGGAUAUCACUGGCAACUGUGAAACGCAGUAUAAAGUCACCACGAAUCAAGAUGGCGUCAAACAAGUCAACAAAACGAAAAAUUUGGAUGCUUGUGAUCAUCGUAUGUCGAAUUAUUUCUCCUGGCAGACUGUCCCCUAUACAACAACUUCUUCUUCAAAGUCAAUACCGCUUUUAAAGAGCACGUUGAACUGUAUGCUGACGUAUGUGCCCUCAACCGGAAGUCACCCAGGCGACAUUUUGCUCGAGUCAUCGUGCUUUGAAAAACACGUAUUCCAGCCGUUUUCGAAUGGCGAUAAUGGCGCCAUGACAAAGAUCGAGCAAGAAUUAAAGUUUAUUGAAGUGCUGCCGUCGUUUAAGCGGCAUAAUGCGCCCAACGAUGUUGUAAGAAGCACUUUGAUCUAUGAAUACAAAGAGGAUAAGAUGGCCGCGUACGAUGGCACCAAAGCUCUAGGCAUUCUGAAAGAACUAGAGGACAAAACCGCCGAUGGCGUUGACAUGGACGUUCCGGGAAUCUUCUCGCAAUUAGUUUUUGAAUUUCAGCGCUUGAGUAAAACCAAUCUACUAGAAAUCUUCAAACAAAUCAAUCAGAAACAAAGAAUAUUCUUUAUCGACGCCAUAUCUUUGAUAAAAACUAAUUCCGGGAUUGAAGUAAUGUCUGAUUUGUAUGCGAAUAAGAAAUUGAGUGAUAAACAGAUGAAUACAUGGUUGAUUUCGAUUAAUUUUAUAAAGAAUCCGAAUAAACAGACGGUGAAACUUCUUCAUCCGCUUACUUGGCAAACGAAACUCAAACAAAAUGCGAUGUUAAGUUUGUCUAGUGUAUUGUACAAAUACUGCAGUAGGCAAAAUUGUUUGGAUGAUGUUGUUAUUUUGGAAAUUGUUAAAACUAUUGAGAAACCCAUCAGUAAUAACUGCUUAAUCACCUCGGAAAAUGAUAAAAAAGAUAUUUUUUUGGCAUUAAAGAGUAUUGGAAAUGCAGGGUUGACCAGCAGUUAUUAUAACUUACAAAAUUGUUAUUUGAACAAUGAAUUACCAAUUGAACUUCGCCUGGCGGCCAUUGCAGCUCACAGAAGAAUGAAAUGUGUGGAAAACGAAAACCUUGAUGAUUUCAAAAACUUUUCAAAUUCCCGGACAAAUUCUGAAAUUAGAAUAGCUUCUUAUCUAGCAGCUAUGCAAUGCGCUUCCUAUGCGUCCUUCGCUCAAGUUAAAGAUGUGUUGAUGAAUGAAGAAGCCAACCAAGUUGGGUCCUUCAUCUGGACACACCUAACAAUUCAAGAAACAUCAGUCCCAUGGAAACAGGGAGUUAAAAAAUUACUAGAAAACGAAUUUUUGCAGAAUAAAUUCAACACUGACAUCCGGAAAUAUUCAAGGAAUUACGAAGCAUCAACAUUUUUUGAUUCCAUUGGAGCAGGAGGUGGGGUAGAAGCAAAUGUAAUCUUCAGUUCGGAAUCUUACCUUCCAAGAUCAGCAAUGUUGAAUUUCACUCUGGAUCUUUUCGGAGAAACUAUCAAUGUUCUGGAAUUAGGGACCAGAAUAGAAGGUUUUGAAGAUAUCGUAGAAAAUUUAUUUACUUCCGAAAGUGAUACCACAAUGAAAAAGAAUACAAGUGAUCCUUAUAUAAAAGGUACCAGCAAACAGGAAAUGAUUGAUGGUUUUGUGGAAACAUUCAAAGUCCUACCAAAACAACCCUCUGGAACAGGAUACAUCAAAAUUUUCGGAAACGAAAUAUCUUAUACAGAUUUCCCUUUCUUAAAAGAUCUCUUUGGGAUGUCCAUAUUCGGAAAAACAACAUUGGACAUGUUAUUACAAUUUAUCAAAACACCGGAAAUUGAUUACACGAAAUCAUUUUCACUUUUGGACUCAAAUUAUAAGAUCCCUACAAUUUUAGGCUUUCCACUACAAUUGAAAAGUAACGCAACAGCUACUAUAGGAUUGACUGCAGGAGGAGAAAUCAAUAUGAAAGACAUCCGGAAGCAUAAAAUGUUAGUAAAAGGCCAGAUCUACCCCAGUGUAUCCGUUCAAGUAGCUUCAACAAUGGGAAUAGACACUUACAUCGGAGAAACCGGGGUGCAAUACCUCGGAGCUUUGAAAUCCAAUAUGUACAUUGAUGGUUACCUAAAUUUGGAAAUGGGAAAAGUUGUAGAUGUCAAAAUUAACGUCCCCAAGAAACAAAUGGACAUUUUUACAGUCACCUCUGAUCUGUAUAUAGUACACAAUGAAGAUACCUAUCUCAUACAGGAUGUUACCAACAAAAUAGACAACUCCGAAUAUUGCACGGAUCAAUACAUCAGUAAACUCAUAGGUUUACAAUUCUGUAACCAAUGGAAAUUUGUAAAUUCUUCAUCGUUGGCAACACCAAAUUUUCCUCUAACCGGAAGUUUCAAAUACUCAAUGCACAUCAAGAAAACCGACACCUUUGAUUUUUACAAACUCUACAUUGAAACAAAAUUAACAGAUCCAAAUCGUCAAUACCUGAUUGAUUUCCUACUAGACACUCCAAAUUCCAAGAUAGACCGGAAGUUACAAUGUACUCUAUCUGCAGAUCUACAAGCUUACAAAGUCAACAUCAAACUACAUUCACCAUUCGCCAAUUUCCACCUUGAUAGCAAUAUUGAACGAGAAUUACCAAAAUACAAAUUCCAACUGAUGACCACAUUCAAUGAUAAGGAAGUGGUCACCUUGUUAUCAACAUUUGACGUAAAAGACGAAGGCGAAACUGUUACCUAUGAACCCUUGGCGAAGAUAAACUACAAACAACAACAAAUCGUAGCGUUGACAGGAAAACUGAGUCGAGUGAAAAGCGGAGAAUAUACUGCGGAUUUAAAGCUACAGGGUGUUACCAAUGAAGUGGCACAAAUCUAUGGAAGUUUCACAUGUGGCGCGGAUUCUUUCCGGAUCAAAACCAACAUUAUGUCGACACACUUCAAAGGAAACCUGGAAGCAGGGCUAAAUGUGCGGGCGAAUGAAGUUUUAGCACAAGGAGAAUUAAAAUACAACUAUAAUAAUUUAAUCGAAGAAAAUUUAAAGGUUUUAGCUAAAUUUAAUCGGACCCAAAGUGAUACCUUUAACAAAAACUUAGUACUUUUGGAUUUAAACUCGUCGGAAUGGCCUGGGUAUAAUACACACGUCCAGUGGGAGAAUCAAAGAGGACAUCUAUACUUCAACAACACAGCGGAGAUUAUGUUUUUUGAAACAACAUGGCGGACUCAUCAAAUUUUAAAAUUAGAUAAAGGAUUCUACGAUGAAGAACCUGAUCUUUUAUUAUUAGCGGAUCUACAAUCUCCUGAGAAUAACAUUGAUUACCAAUCAAAGUUACAGUUUAACAUGUCCAAGAAACACCUGAGAAGUCAUGCCUUGUUCCAAUUGAACAAAAUACAACGCACAGAAGCACUUUUGGAUUACAAAUCAAAUUCAACUGAAGAUACAGUAAAUAUCCUGUUAUACUACGCUAAGAAACAAUGGUCCGUGGAUGGAGUCCUCAAUAAACACUUGAAUAGAAACUAUAACUUUGACAUCAAUUGUCGAUAUAAAACUUUAGACCAAGAGCAUAUCAUUCUCACCCUAAAAGGAGAUUAUAAAAACGCAUCUUUGGGUGAAAUGCAAACACACAGAUUGAAUUGUACCCUGGACCUUCCGGAAACUAAUGGUGAAUGGAGGACACCGUGGGUUAUUACAAGUACAGUACAAAAAUCACACACGACAUUUUUAAGUCUUUCAAGAAUAUCUACGAAAGAAGCUGAUUAUGUGGGACAUUUCAACUGGAUAGAAGAUUCGUUAUCAUUGUCUAUCCAAGCAAAUGAUAAACAAUUGUUUGUGUUGAAUGGGGCAAGGACUGAAGAGUUAAUAAGUGUGAUAAUAGCGUUGAAUAUUCAUCAACAUUUUGAAUUGAAUACAAAGUUAAUGAUGCCGUAUCAAAGAUUCGAUUUGCAAGUGUAUUGGGAUAAAGACCGGGAUGAAACGCAGAGAUUUAUAUUCUUCAUUGAACAAAACUCGUUCAAAGGACAAUAUAACAUGGAAGUUGAAUAUCCAAAUCAGAGGAUUAGCACGAAUAUAUUACUUGUACCUACCCAAGUAAUCAUGAAUGUCACAUGGGGAAUAAAAGUAUCCCAACGCAUCUAUCUGAAAAUCGGCAAUAAAUACUACGACGUUGGAGGGAUAUGGUUCGGGGAGCUGGAGACACCCUUCCGGUAUCUUGAAAAACAACAAUUCAACCUUCAAUACGCUGUUUUAAGUGACAGCUUCGAUGUUCAGUCUGAUUUAUCAUGGAGAUCACACAAUAUAAAUCUCCUCAUCGCCGGUUCAAGAAGUGACACGCAUCUUAAAGCCAACUUACAAUUGAAUACCACCCUUCCAGAAAUACGCAAAGUAGGCGCUGCUUUAUCACACACUCAUAAAAUAGCUUUAGGAAAUUACCAACCUGGUUAUGAUAGUGAUUACGAAUCAAACUAUCAAUCAAACGCUGCUUUUGAUUACAAUGACCACUCUAUCCAAGCGGAAUCACGCUGGUUGAUGAAGGGAGACAAAGUUGACUCUCGCUUCCGCAUAGAAUCACCUACGGAUACCAUCGAACCUAUUUUUGGUUCCUUAAACUUAAAUAACAACAUUGAAGAUAAUGAAAAUACUGAAGGUGCUAGUACUAUGGAUUUUGUCUUAAGUUGGCAGAAGAAGAACAUCACAGCUAUGUACAACUUCAAAAGUGACACUUCUUCAAUUGAGAUCAUUACACCUUUCGAAGGAAUCGAGAAAACUAUCAUGAAAUAUUCAGUUGUUACAAACAUUGAUUCUGUGUACUUAUCUACAACUGUGGAUGUUAAACAGAAUAAUUCUAUAACCUUAAGUUGGACAAACACAGAUGAAGUGACUUCCUUUUGGUUGGAUUUGAUGUCACCGAUGACAGGUGGUUACUAUGUCUAUUUCACGCAUAGUGUACUUUUGGGCAAACUGAAUGAGAAUUUUAAAAUACGUGGACCUGAGAAUAAGGAUUUGAUGCAGAUGAAAAUUGAAGGUGAUAUUAUGCCGUUGUUAGAAAUGAAUCUAACUGCGUCUUUGAUUUUGUUGGAUCAUGACGCCAAGUUGACUAUUAUAAACUCCAAGGAACCUUUGUUUUCGAAUAUCAUUGGUGUAUGGAAUGGACGUACCAUCAAUAGUAAAAUUCAAAUGGAGUUUGAGAAACAUGUGAGGUUGAUUAACUGGUUGAUUGAAUCAAAUAUCUUCGCACCAGUUAAUAUAUCCUAUGAAAGAGAUGGGAAAGAUUGUGUGACGAAGAUAAUUUUACCGAAUAAUUACUCUUUGAUUAAUAGAUAUGCGCAUUCAGAGCCGUAUUUGAAUAAUGAAUUCCAUCUAAAAGCUCCGAAAUUAACUUUGGAGUUUGAUUAUAAAUCAACGAAAAAUACGAUUGAUCAAAAACUAUUCGCACAGUUGAAUGAGAAAAAAGUUGAUUAUUCUAGUAAAUUAUUUACUAAAUUUGAUGUGGAUAAAGAGAUAAAAUUAUUAGGAAUCUAUAAUUUUUAUCAGGACAAUCAAAUUGUGCAUUCUUACAAUAUGACAACAGAAAUUACGCAAAAUAACAAACAAGAAAAUUUCUACUUGGGCAUUAAUUCAACAUCAUCUUUAAAUGGACAUUUCAAUUUCAACCGGGAAAUAUCCCCGAAAAUAAGUGGAAACUCUUUUAAAUUAACCUGUAAAUAUCCUUCAUAUUGCAAUCUGGAUGCUUCUAUCAACAAUCAAAGUUUAUUAUGGAAUAAUAUACAAACCAACAAAAAACUUCACUUGACUUAUAAAACUGAUGAUAACUCUUUAACAACAAAACUUGAUACAAACUACGAAAACAUACCAAAUGGAGAUUUACACCUUCAAUAUUUUGCAGAUAAAUUAAACCUAAAUAUCAACACAGAAGAUUAUAAUAUCUACAUUUCUAGUGAUGUAAAUAUUAGUAAUGCUACGGCAAUCAUCAAAAAGCACCAAAAAGACCUCGUGAAAUUCCUGCUUGAAUUUAAAAAUCCACGAAAAUUAAACGCAAGUCUAAAUUUAAACACUUUUCAAAAAUUAAACGCAACCUUUAGUUAUGAUCUAUCACCGAAACACAUUGAGAUACAAUCAAUGAUAAAUUCUGCAAUGACCAAAGCUCACUUUACAUCAAAAUUCCAACAUCAGCAGGAUGAUCGCGUCAAUGGAUUAAUCGAAUGUCGUUUCAAUGAAAAACUCUACUCGUCAACAAUAAAACUGGCCGAACAACAAUUUACGUUUUUCCUGAAGACACCCACUGAAGAAUACAACGGAAAACUGAAGCAUAGUGCUCAGUCAUUUUUUCAUAUUCAAGAGAUAGAGUUAUCCAGUUUGAAAUCGAAAAAUUCCAUAAAAGUUGUUCAAACAUUUACAAAUAUCGAAAUGAUAGCACGUUUAGAUUACUUCGAAUUACCCAAACAAGAAAUAUUUUAUUCCUGGGAUGCAUGGAGUAAUUUCUCAGGCGAAGGAUACUAUAAAAAAGGAGGCUCGGAAAAGCAUACAUUUACAGUGCAUUCAACCAGCUUGGAUAAUAAUUGGUCACUAGCCUGGUAUCUCCCCAGUGGAGUAUUAUUCUUCAAUGCAAAAUUGAAUAGUAGAUAUGAAUCAGAAUAUGAUUUUGAUUUUGUUAUUGAUGGAUCCUGGGACAAUCGAAAAUUCCGCUUUGAUUUAAAAAAUUAUUUCGGCGAAUAUUACCAGACAACUUUUAACCUAAUCACACCAUUCAAGGGAUGGGGCAGGACCAGUUUGGAUUGUACUCUGAAUGAUCAAAAAAUAGGAAUUGCUUUGCAGGCAAAGAGUCAUUACAUGUCUGUGGUUGCGGGAAGAAGUGGUGAUGAUAUGUUGAGGAUUGAAUACAUGGGUGAGAUAAUGGAGAUGUCCUCCAGUGAAGGUCAUCUAACCCUCAGAACCACAAGUUAUCUUGGGAAGUAUAGACUUUUCAUUCAAGUGACACAAACACCUGGGAUUUAUGUGUUUUCGAUUUUAAAGGAUGGCGAAAAUCUGAUUUCGUUCAUGUUGCAAAAUUAUUCGAUAAAUGAGGUUAUGCACUACAAAGGAAAGCUAAUGGCUCCGGAGAUAAUCCCGAAUAAUUCUACGAUAAGUGUGGAAUUCAUGGCGAAUUUACUAAUCUGGAAAAUGUUUGAUUUCAAAAUGAAGAGGAUCAUAAACCGUUGUUGGCUAGGAUGGGAGAAUACCAGACAUAAAAGGGGAGGGGAUUGGUCCCUGAGGUUCCAAAGUCAGAUAGAUCCAGCGCUGAAUUUUAAACUGCGACCUUCGUUUUCGAUCAGUGAGGAAAACAAACUGGAUAUCGAUGUGGAAGUGAGAUACCCAUGUCAAAAACAUACAGAAUGUAGUUUUACGUUUGUGUUGGUACCGAAUCGAAUGGUUUGUAAUUCGUUGUCAUCUGUAGACAUCUUCAAUUUUCAUAUUCAAUCAAAUUUUAAUUAUGGUACAAAUUUUCUGGAUACAGAUUUUGAAUUCAACGAUUUUAAACAUACGAAUAUAGAAUUGAAUAUUUCUACAAAGUUGAACAGUCAUAUGAAGAUCAAUGGUACAGCUAACUUUAAAGAGCAAUCUGCGAUAGUUUCACUAAACCUAGAACCAAGAUAUCUUCAAAUGGAGCUAGCUGGGAGUCAGGGUGAUCAAAAAUAUUAUUUACUUGCAAAAAGUCAACUUUUGGAUGAUCAUGUCUUGUUGGAUCUUCACCUUGCUCAGAAUCAAUAUUUUCCGAAUAUAACAACCAAAGCAGAUGUCUCCUUACAGCAAGGUUUGGUUAUAAUCACCAGAAACAAAGAUAAAUACGAAACAACUUGGUUAUAUACAGAGAUGGACCCAAGAGUGACAUUUACAGGACACCUGAAGCGAAAUGGGCAAAAUAUUGGAGAUGUCACCUUUAGCAACAUCCAUAUUAAGGGUCAUACAUUCCAAAGUGAUAAUUUACUCCACCUGAACAUCAAACAGCACAAAAUUAAAGCUGUUAUGAAAAGUCUCCUAUCAAAUGAUAGCGCCAAAGCUACUUUCACACUUCAAACUCCUUGGGAACCAAUGAAGAAAGUCAAUUCUGGAAUUGACAUACAAUACUCUUCAGAGAAGUUUAAUCUUGAACAGUUUUUAGGAUUAUCUGAUAAAGAAUUUAAAUUGAAUGCGAAUGGUGUGACUACGAGGAAAGGAAUGAUUCUAAAGAUGUCCUGUAAACCUUGGGGACAACCUAAUCUGGUUAAUCAAACAAUUUCAGCGAAUUUGAAGUAUGACUUCGUGGGACACCAUAAAAAAGCAACCUACAACUUUGAUAUAGAUUUGGGAGAUAGCAAAUACCAUGUAAGGGCUCAACCAGGAUCAGAUGGAUAUACAAUUGAAGUGAAGACCCAUGAUGAAAGGGAAGUCGCCAUGUUGAAAUUUAAUAAAAAUCUGAUUGACUUUAAAGUCAAUUCAAUUGGAAUUAUAGAAAGUAUAACUUUAAAAUUAAAUUCAAGCCAUUUUAUACUGGGUAGUAAUGUAAAAGGAUACAAGCAAUUAUUUUUCGCAAAUCUGGGAGCUUUUGGUCUCUUCCUGGAAGCACCCGAGAAGAAAAACAAGAUAAUUACUAUACUUUACAAAAUCAAAGGACAUCUCCCGAAUGUGAAUCUUUCAAUGGACUCAUACACUCAAUAUAAACAUCAUGACGUCAUAAUGGUAGUAAAUGCUUUCGACAACUUGAUUAAAUUUACCUAUGAUGAACACAAAAAGCAAAAGAAUAAAUCCUGGAUGAGUACAAUUGAAUUCAAAACACAAAAUCAAAAAUCUCUUGUAACAACCAUCGAAGAAAAUGAUUCAAUGUAUAAAAUAUCAACAAACCCUAUUCAACACUCUGUAGAAUCAUUGAUUGUAUACAAAACCUAUCAAAGAAUCAAGAACGAAAUAUAUUUACCAUUUGAAGUUGAGUUUAACACACAGGGUGUUCCAAUAUUCAAUUUGAAAAGUGAAAAAAUCACUUUAACAUUCACCAAAGGCAAACAACACGUAAAUAUUAAUUAUGGUGAUAACCACUUCAGAUUUGAUUUUGAUCACAUCAAGGAUAAUGAAUUAUUGGUGCAUUAUCAACGUAAUGAUCAAAUUCUUCACUUUGAAGUAGGACCUCAUCAAAAUAUGAAAUUCAACUUAAACCAAGGAGAUUUACUAUCUUUAAAUUAUGAUAUCCAUAAUGGAUUAGUAAUUACCUUCAAACACUUGGUUAAUAACCAAAAAGUGAGAUGUAAUUUAUCCGCUGCAUCAAUAAAUAACAUCUCCUUUGAUAUGACCUCUGAUGAAGACCAAAUUGUCCUCUGGGAGAGCUCAAUUGACGAUUCGUCCAUUUCGUAUAAAUUCAUAGCUCCCAAGUGGGAUCUGCUUAGACUUUUCGACAUAGCUCUAAGCUGGGAGAACAACACGCGAGGAAAAGUUUUCGGAGCGUCUUUAAAGCUAGAUUCUGAAUAUACAGGUUUAACUGAAGCAGGGACAGUCUAUGAACAACGACAGUUUUUGUUGAAUAUCGUCACAUACUUCAAAGCACCUUUCUUGAAAGGUUUGGAGACUUUCUAUGGAAAAGUAUAUAUCCCGAAAGAAUUCCGUCCUCAUCUGGAAGUUGUCAUCCCUGGACACACUUACAAAUUCUACUGCAAUCAUUGGAACAACGUGAUGGAAACAGAAGUUAUCUGUAGUAAUGAGCACUUUAGUUUGAUGUUCAACACCUCCUGGAGUUCUGGCUUUACAAUACAAGUUGAAUUCCCUGGAGAACAAUUUAAAUCACUUUUGAUACGGUCUUCUCCAAAUGAUGUAACACUGAUAGAGGUUAAUGAUGAGUAUAGUGUGAGUAUGAAAACAGAUUUUAGUUACCUGAAUGUGAAAACACCUUUGGAAGGAUAUGAAAAGUUUGGGUUUUUGUGUGAGCAGAACUUUGAUAAUCAGCAUGGAAAGUUUAAAUUUGUGAUUGUGCAUCCCGGAUAUGAAGAACCUUUAGGGAUAGCAUUUAUAAUGGAUCUUGAAGAAAACAAAUCAAUUGAAAUACUUUAUAGUAUACAUACACCUUUCACCAUCGAGGGAUAUGAUUAUGUUGUUAUCAACAUGACAGCUGAGUUUCUCCUUGAAGGGAUUGAUACCAGAUGGAACCUGAUGACCAAUGAGGUUGACCUUGGAGGUCAUUUUGGUUUACUAUUAACCGACAACAGGAAAUUUAUCGAGGGUGAAGCCUAUUACAAUACAAAAUACUUCAUAGCUUCCCUAAACAUAGAACCAACAAAAAUCUACUUGAUAUUUGGUAACCCCAAUAGGGAUCAAUCAAUAUUCCUUGAUAAAUUCCCAGAAUUUAAUAAACAUAUCUCCGAAAACCUCCACAUGAUCUACCUAAGUGUGGAUAAAGAAGAGAACAUUGAUUUAUUGGUCCAUCUCGGCCCACAACCAUUUUCUCUCCAACGCAAUGGUAACACCUUCAUCAAACUAAUCUGGGACCUCAGAAACGCCAACAAAACCCGCCUGGGAAUCAAAUACAUCCCUCAGAAAACAAUCGAAGUAUAUCUACUGGAUAAUCAACUCACAGCCGAGCAAAACACAAAUAAAUCAUCCAACGAUUUGUACAUUAAAUGGAAUGACCUCAAUGUGGAAUACUCCUCAUCAUACACUAAUGUCUCCAUUCAACAUGACGUCCAUAAUGUGACUACCACCCGAAAGGUUCAAACACCAUUCGGACGUCUGCACCUCACACAAUCAACAUCUACAUCAACAAGGAAGUUAAUGGAUUGUGUCGAAAUAGACUGGGCUAGUUCAGAGGCUUCAAAACCUUCGAAAUUGAUAUUUAAUUACGAAAUUACACCCGGAACACUGACAUCAACCAUGUCUAGCUCAUUACUAGAACAUCCUAUGGUAUUAAAUUUGGAUAUGUCUGAAUUUCGUUCGAUCCCUUCGAAAUUAGACGCUAGUUUUGUUUAUUCAAACAUCACAGAAAAAACAAUCAAUUUUUCAAUGCGGUAUAAUAAAACAUUUUCAGUUAAUAAUGACGUGGAGAGUGUUUUUACCGAUCGGGUGUUUAUCCUGAAACAUCCAUCAUCCAAAGUUGAUUAUGAGCUAUAUUUCAAUGCUAUACGAAUGGAUGAUUUUUCAAAUGGAAGCGUCAUGUUGAAAUACAAAAAUUUCGACACCAAUAAACUGGAGACCAUCCACAGCUCCGUAAAAGUCGACCAUAGUAAAUUCGGAGUCCAUGCUGAGGUAGCAACAAGCCGAAAUAGAUUCGAUUUAAUGGCUACAUCAACAACAGGUGUGAAACGACAUGGAUUUUUGGUCCAUGUUGAGAUAAACGAUAAAGAUCCAUUGAAUUUGGAGUGCAACUACAACUUCCAAAAGGAUAGCCCUUCUGUGAGUUUAAUGGCCGCGUAUGGCACCAGCAGAAAGUACGUGUUUUAUGCUGGCAUGCCGAAUGAGAAGGAAAUAACAGCUAAAUUAGGCCAUGAGAGUUAUGGACGUGCGUCGUUGGAUGCACUCGCAAUAAUGAAACUCAACACGUCGCAACUGCUAUGGAUGAAAGUCCUAUGGAAAGAUAAUUUGUACGCGCCGUUCCACGAAGCCAUCUUGGAUGAAUACAACGAUAUGCGGUAUGUGAUCGAAGCAAUGGGCAAGGAGUUAAUUGAUGUUAUCCAUGACGAUGUUGGCAAAGACUUUAUCACUGAUUUUACUCACAUUAAAAGUAAAAUAGUCAAUAAUACAAUUAAAAAUGUAGAAAUAUCGAUGAUGCAGUUACAGAAACGUGAAUUAUGUUCGAAAAACUUCAAAAAAUUGUGUGAAAUAUUUUCAAAUAGUAAUUUUGCUUUGUUUUGAAAGAAUUUAAGAUUUUUCGAUGAUAUUUUGGAGCAUAUCAUAAAAACUACUCUAAAUUCCAUCCAAAUACUUUUUGAUGCCAUUAAUGUAGAAGUUGACAAUGCUAUGAGGCAUCAAAACAUCCAGCAUAUAAAAAUCGACGCAAAGAGUAUUUUAAAACGCGGGAUAAACACAGCAAGAAAAUCUUUGAAAGACAUGGAGAUAGUCAUUGUAAAAUUACUAGAUGAUUUUGAUUUGUACAUCAGCAGUGUAAAGAAUCAAGUUGAAGAAUUCUUCGAACCAUUUUUGAGCUUGGUAGAUGAUUUUAUUGUUUAUGUUGAGCAAAGAUUAGCAAUUUUACAAAUAGCUGUUCUGGAUACAAUGGACUCCAUCCAACAAUACAUCUACAAUCUCCGAGAAAUCAAAGCAAUGUUCUCCGUUUACUAUUCCUACAUCAACUGGUUGGAAGAGUUGCAUAUUAUAAAAAUGUUGGAUCCUGUCACUGAUGUCAUCGAAGAACUAUUAGAAACUAUCAUUCAGGAUGUCAAACGUAUCCUGGACCAUUACAAACCCUAUUUGGAUGCUUUGGGAGAUGCUAUCUUUGGAAAAUAUGAUGGAAUACAACAAUUACCUCCUUUUGUUGAAGUUCGGGAACAUGUUAAUCGAAUAUACCACAAAACAAUCUGGGUGUGGAAUUAUCACAAUAUGACCCAAACUCUAAAGACCUGUGUACAAAAAAUCAGCAGGGAUGUGGAUAAUGUGUUAUCCUUCAUAGAAUUCGAUGACUUUUCCGGAUCUAAUGAAGAUAUGGAGUAUCCCUUUGGGUAUAACUAUGUCUUUAGACCAGAGAAUCGUUUGAUAGAGAUAAGUCAACCUUUACCAGUGGAAUGGGAGGCUUUUAACAAGUCACCAUCAUUUGCUAAUUAUCCGCUAUAUCAGAAGAUCCAAGGCAAGUCUGAGCAGUUUAUAAAAUUCUACAAGAGUCGAUAUGAUUUGAUCGAUAUGUUGGAGAAUUUUGUUGUGGAUUUAUAUGAACCAUCAAUUGCUCCUACCACGUUGAAUUAUGCUAUGAUCAUUGGAAAGUCACAGUAUACAACCUUUAAUGGGUUAAACUAUAAUUUCUUGAGUAAUUGUAGUUAUCUACUAGCAAGUGACUUUAAAACCAAGUCUUUUUCUUUGAUAGUUAACUAUCGGAAUACAACCAGCUCAGGAAAAGUUUUGAAAUCUUAUGAAAUUUUAUCCCAUGAUAGUAGUUUUGAGAUAUUCUCGGAGAAACAUGUCACUUUAAACGGAAAAAAAGUUGAUCUGCCAAUUAUGCAUAAACAAGUGACUAUUACAAGAGAAAAGGAUAAUAUUAUCGCGGAAAGCUCACGUGGGUUCAAAAUGAUUUGUUACUUCCACUAUGAAUAUUGCACGGUGCAGUUGUCCGGAUGGUUGUUUGGUAAAACAGCGGGGUUAUUGGGAACGUUGGAUAAUGAACAGUAUACUGAUGUGACUACAGCGCAGAAAACAACUAAUGGUGUAGAGCAGUUUUUGAGAAGUUGGCAACUACAGAAGAAUACUGAGUGUGCGUUGCAGGUUGCUCCGGAUUUUCAGGGUGAUAAUUUGGAUUAUAUUACACAAUUGUGUGAUAUGUGGUUCAACGAUACCAAGUCUCCGUUGAAUAAGUGCUUUGAUGCGGUUGAUCCCAAGAUGUACUCGGAGAUUUGUUAUAAUGAGCUGAGGGCUAAUCCGGAGAUCAAAGUGUGUGCACCGGCGGCUGCGUAUGUUCAUCGGUGUCGACAAGCGAGGGUUGCGAUUGAGAUGCCGGAAUUUUGUGUGACUUGUAAAAACGAUAUCGGUUAUCAAGAAGAAAUAUUCGACGGUCACAACAACAAGACCGUCGACGUGGUGUUCAUCACCGAGAUGGAUUGCUACAACGCGAGCCUGGUGACGCGGGCGCUGCCAGAGCUCCUGGACCGGCAACUGCUGAGGAAGCAGUUCGCCGGGAAUCGAUUCGCCACGGUCGGUUACGGCGGGGCCGUGCUCCCCAAACCGCAUGUGCACACCCAUGACGGAAGCGUUUGGUCUCGCAGCGCGAACGUACAGAUUGAAUCACGAUUGAGCGGUAUAAACAUAAGCGCCAAGAGUAAAUUCACCGGCGUAGACGCCAUCAAAUACGCAGCCAACUUGGAAUACCGCGUUGGAGUACCAAAACUAUUUGUUUUGACGCAGUGUGAAGUAGCCACUGAUAUAGGCAACUCACCAGACAUUUACAACAUGCUGGGGGAAAAGGACAUAACCUUACAUGUGCUUAAACCAUCACCAUUCGCGUCUAAACAAUCACCUGUCUUGGGUGUGGAUUUGAAUACAGCUAUUAUCAAGUCAAAUUCAUCAAAUACCAAUAUAGCAGUAAAUCAAAUAAUCAAUCAAAUCGAUGAUGUGUAUAGCGGAUUAGCGCUGAGCACAAACGGCACCAUCUUCGACCUCACCUCGCUGAGUGCCAACGACGAUAACAGCGCGCGAUGGGCGCACACAUUGGCGCGUCACAUCACCGCCAGUCCCUGCCAGAAGUGCAAGUGCGUGCAGGACUUCAACGGCGUCGGCAAGAUCGAGUGUUCGCGGUGCUUAGCACCUGCCGUCAAGCAAUUUUUGAACGAGUACCAAGAGGGUAAUAAAAUGCAAUUCAACGACAACGACGACAACCAAUAAAACAUCACCUAAUUGGAAUCGUCGAAGAGCUCGGCUUUUAUAACCUCACACUUUUAUUUAACCUCAAAUAUUAGUUUCGAUAGAAUUUACCUAAACAUCUAACACGUUGAAAUUAUAUAUAUAUUUUAAUUUUAUGUUAUUAUUAUAUUAGGUAUAGUAAUGUGUCCGGUGACACCCUAUAAAUAAACUAAUUGAAAAUGAUAUAAA